GGCAGACGGAGUGGAUUGCGGCAGUCCUCGACAGCGGAAAGAGCCUCAAAUAAGGAUUUUUUUUUUUUAUCGAGCUGUAUCGACUCAUAAUCCACGCUUUUGUUUCAUUUUCGCCUGCUUCGUUGUGGAGUUCGACACACGGAACUUUUCGCUUCUCUGGAGUUUGGAGAGCCGUUUUUGUCAGAUAUGGACAGUCGGCGACCCGUUGCAGGGAGCGACCGGCCGGUGUUCACCCAGUAGUCAGAGGAAUAAAACUGUAAACAAGCCAUCUGCAUCAUUUUACUGGAUGUUUGAUGAAGCGCUUCGAAAUUUUGUUCAAUUCUGGGACACCGUGGAUUUACCAGGUUCAGCAACGGAUAGAUACUCGUCAUUCCCGGUCAACGACACGAAGGAUUUACGCUUCUAAAGUUGCAGGAAAAACAUGGAGACUGUAAGUCGGCAAAGCUUCCAGCCUCAUCCGGGACUGCAACAAACUCUCAAGCAGUUUCACCUCAGCUCUAUGAGCUCUCUGGGCGGACCGGCGGCUUUCUCUGCCCGGUGGCAACAUGAGCUCCUCUUUAAGAAGGACGGUAAGGAGCCUGAACCGGUACUGCAGCAUCUGCCGCCACCGGUGAUGCCGGGCCCGCUGUUCAUACCGUCGGACCGCUCUACGGAGAGGUGCGAGACGGUGUUGGAGGGCGAGACCAUCUCGUGCUUUGUGGUCGGCGGGGAGAAACGACUGUGCCUCCCGCAGAUCCUCAACACGGUGCUGCGGGACUUCACACUGCAACAAAUCAACUCAGUGUGCGACGAACUGCACAUCUACUGCUCCCGGUGUACGGCAGAUCAGCUGGAGAUCCUUAAAGUCAUGGGGAUCCUGCCAUUCUCCGCGCCGUCCUGCGGCCUCAUCACUAAAACGGACGCCGAGCGGCUCUGCAACGCCCUGAUCUACGGAGGCGCCUACCCGCCGCGUUGCAAGAAGGAGUCGAGCGGAGGCUCGCUGGAGCUGGAGCUCACCGAGAGGAGCUUCAAAGUCUACCACGAGUGCUUCGGGAAGUGCAAGGGCUUGUUCGUGCCGGAGCUGUACACCAGCCCCAACGCAGCAUGCAUCCAGUGCAUGGACUGCAGACUCAUGUACCCGACCCACAAGUUCGUGGUGCACAGUCACAAGGCGCAGGAGAACAGGACUUGCCACUGGGGCUUCGACUCGGCAAACUGGAGGGCGUACAUCCUCCUGGGCCAGGAUUACACGGGGAAAGAGGAGAAGGCCCGUCUGGAGCAGCUCCUGGACGAGAUCAAGGAGAAAUUUGACUUCGCCAACAAGUACAAGAGGAAAGCAUCAUCCAGGACAUCUGAACCCACCCCGAUCAAGAAGUCCAAAUAUGAAGACUUCCCAUCACAAUCCCCCCUGGCCGACAAAGAGAAGCAGCACGACUGGCUACAAUCCCUGUCCGUCUCCAAUAAGGGGCUUAACUGCAUUCAGCCCAGGCAGAGGCCGUCAGCUUUCAGGCCCUGGUCCCCCCACAUCUCUGCUGGUGAUAAGGAGCCCUCCAGUCACCCCCUGGCCCUUCUGAGAGACAGCUUCUACAACUACAAGAGUCUGGAGAAUGGUGUGGCCCCCAAUGUUGCCCUCACACCACUACCCCUGGGGAAGGUGGGUCCCAUGUCCCCGUCAGUACCCAGCACCUCCCACCCAAGUGGAGGUGAACCCCCAGGUGAAGGCGCCAACUCCAUGGCUCGCAAGAGAAGAGCCACAGGGGAGUUCCAGCCAAUGGCACCAGAGGCCCCCUGCCCUCCCUCCUUCUCUGCCAGCAAGCCACCGCCGCCUCAGGAUGACAAAGACUCUGAGGUGGAGAUUGAAGUGGAGAGCCGUGACGAAUUCACUUCGUCCCUGUCCUCCCUGUCGUCACCAUCUUUCACCUCGUCCAGCAGCUCAGCCAAGGACUUGAGCUCGCCAUGCGCCCAAGGGCCCAUCUGCACUGUCCCAUCAGUUGAGGGCACUGCCCCUGCAGCCGCACCCAUUGCACCCAAUGGGUCCAGUGCACCCAUUCCAGCCCCUGUGACCCCUCCAGAGCUUGGGCUGGAGUCGGAGCUCGAGAGCCUGAGGCAGGCACUGGAAAGCGGACUCGACUCCAAAGAGUCGAAGGAGAAGUUUCUUCAUGAGAUUGUUAAGAUGAGGGUGAAGCAGGAGGAGAAGCUAGGAUCAGCCCUGCAGGCAAAACGCAGCCUCCAGCAGGAGCUGGAAUUCUUGCGGGUGGCGAAGAAGGAGAAGCUGCGGGAGGCAACCGAGGCAAAGCGAAACCUGAGGAAGGAAAUUGAGCGUUUGCGAGCUGAGAGUGAGAAGAAGAUGAAGGAAGCCAAUGAGUCCCGGAUCCGUCUGAAGCGAGAGCUGGAGCAGGCACGACAGCUCAGGGUCUGUGAUAAAGGCUGCGAGGCUGGACGUCUUCGCGCAAAAUACUCGGCACAGAUCGAGGACCUCCAGAUGAAGCUGCAGCACGCCGAGGCCGACCGUGAGCAGCUCCGAGCCGACCUGCUGCAGGAGCGGGAGGCAAGGGAGCACCUGGAGAGGGUGGUGAAGGAGCUACAGCAGCAACUCUGGCCCAAAUCCAACAGUGACAAGGACGGGACACCCAAGGACAUGGCCCCUGACAACUAACCCAGCAGCUAAACUCAUCACCCAACCAUUCACUCGUCGCCAUGAUCCCCAACAUCAUCUGCCCAACUCAGACCAUAACAACACCCAGAGGUCCUGGGCCAGCCGCAUCACACCACUGUCCACCACGCUCGCCCUCCAGAAUACAAAAAUAAGACUCUCCCCCUCUGACGAGGAGACAGAGAGAAGAAAUGAGGACCUGUGCCCUUAUCCAUGCCUAUGAAAAUUCAAGUGAAUGUUUUCCUUGGAGAAUGACUGGAAACAGCAAAGUACAAUUCUGCAACAAGGACGCAUGUGUUUCUAAAUCAAGCACUGGCUCGCACCUUCCAAACUCACAGAACUUAAAACUGGAUCACAAGAAUGAAAGAAAAAAAGAUCUAUAGCACAAAAUGUGGUUGUGCCUGUAUUUUCUAUGACAAGAAAAUUAAGUGAGACUUUUGGACAGACAUCUGUGAUUAUAAAUGCUAAAAGAUGAUCAUAUUAUAUUACCAGCCAGGAGGGCAGGGCUCACACUUAACCUACAGUUCCCAAAAAAGUCUCCACCACCCUCCCUCGCCAUGACAAAGGAUGAGGAAGAUUUUUAAGACAUUAUAAGCUAUUUCAGAGACUACAUAGCGAUAUGUAAAGAAAAAAAGACAGUUUCCUUGUUUCUCUGUGCUCUUGGAGUUUGAAAAUACAAAAGAUACAAAUAAAUUAGAAGAUGAACAAAACAAGCAGAUGAACUUUCCACAGUGCCAUCGUGGUUUUGUCGUUCUUCAAGAAGCCAUCGCAGUCCACUGAGGGGAAAAGCACUAAGUUUGAAGUUUAAGCGACCCGUCUUUUCCUCUUGUUGUUUUAAAAAAUCAUGUAUUUCUCCAAGCAGAGGGCGGACUUGCAUUGGGGUUGAUAAAUUUUCUCUCUUUCCAUCAAACCCUGAAUUGGAUAUUGGAAAUAAAAACAUGCUGUGUUAAAGGCACCUUUUUAGUGAGCACUUGUUUUGGAUGAUCAGUAACAAUAUCCAACAGUCUCCAUCUCAGUGUUCCUCUCUCUAAUUCACACACACACACAGACACUGGCUGUCAUAUGUGUUUUUAAGCCUUUGGGUCAAAACCCGCAUGUCUUUAUCUUCUAAAGAUAAAAUACUCCAGAUGUGUGUAUGGCCUUGUUUUCUUGUCUUGUAACAUAUGAGUGAUGAAAGCUGGCAUGUUUUUACUCCAGUUAACACCAGAACCAUCAUCUAUGAAAUCAUAGUGGACUGAAUGGGGCACCCUUGGCAAGAACCGCAAAAUGUUCAUUUUAAUUAAAUUAAAGUAUGUAUAUAUGAGUAUGUUGUUUUUUUACUUUACAAUAAUGAAUCGCACUUUGUCAUAACAAAAAUACUGUUAUAAUGCAUUGUACUCCCACUAUUGUCGUCAAUCUUACUUUGAAAACAUCAUCUUCUACAUGACUUCUACCAUACAAGUCCAAUAAGCGUUUUGUGAUUACAUAUGACAAUUAGGUGCAUAAGUAUUUGGACAUUGACACAAUUUAUGUAAUUUUUUGCCCCUGUACACCACCAAGAGGGAUUUGAAACAAAGCCAUCAAGAUGCAAUUGAAGUCUAGACCUUCAGCUUUAAUUCGGUGGUGGUGGGUGGGUGAAAAGUCUGCUCAAUUGGUUUUAGGUCAGGUGACUGACGUGGCCAUUGAAGAAUAUUCCGUUUCUUUGCCUUGAGAAGCUCUUAUGUUGAAGCACCAUCCUAUCAGUUUAGCACCAUUUGGUUGAAUCUUAGCAGAUAAGUAUAGAAUUAACACUUCAGAAUUCAUCCUGCUGCUUCUAUCUGCAGUCACAUCAUCAAUAAACAGCAGUGACCCAGUUCCAUUGGCAGCCAUACAUUGCCAUGCAAAAACACUGGCUCCACCAUGUUUGACAGAUGAUGUUGUAUGCUAUGGAUCAUGAGUCGUGCCUUUCCUUCUCCAGACUCUUCUCUUCCCAUCAUUCUGGUACAAGUUAAUCUUGGUUUCAUCUGUCCAGAGAAUCUUGAUCCAGAACUGGGCGGCUUUUUUAGAUUUAUUUCUGGCGAAGUCUAAUCUGACCUUUCUGUUCUUGAGUGUUACCAGUGGUUUGCACCUUGUGGUAAACCCUCUGUAUUUAUAUUCAUGAAGGUGUUUCUUGAUUGUAGACGUUGACGAUGAUAGGGGUACCUCCUCAAGAGUGUUCUUGCUGAGCUCGCCAGUGCAUUCCUCCUUUUUAAGAAUGUACCAAAUUGUUGAGUUAAUCAACCCUAAAGUAUCUGUAAUUGUCUGAUAGGUUUGUUUUGUUUUUUCAGCCUAAUGAUGGCCUCUUUCAUUUGGAUCAAAGCCUCUUAGGACAACAUAUUGAGAAUUCCCAUGAACAGCUACCCAAUGCAAAUUCAACACUUGGAAUCCACUCCAGACCUUUUAUCUGCUUAAUUGUCAUGAAAUAAUUAGGGAACAGGCCAAACCUGGUCAUGAAUCUCAUUGUUAUUCAAUUGUCCAAUUACUUUUGAGCCUCUGAAAAGGAGGAACUGUGUAUAAAAAUGGCUGUAAUUCCUAUUAUGCAAUAUUUUUGUUAAACCC